AUGAUCACUGACGAUGGUGAGACAACUGAGAUAUACCAUGGUAGUGUCAAACUAUAUUAUGAUUCAAUUACAGAAGUUCUACAUACUGUGUCAUCGCCAAAAAUUGAAGAAGAUGUCAUCAUACUGCAGUUUGGGAGCUUUGAACCAGUUGAAGUUUCCGUCUUGAAGAAAACAACAAACACAUCAAAGGUAGAUGCCUUCUUAAAUAAAGAGGUCGAUGACACUUGGACUUUGGUCGCUCGCAAAAGGCAGAAUCAUCAAGAAAAAAAAGGAAAAGGGGCGACUUCUACUUCUACAACGAAGGUGUUUUCUGAGUCUUUAUCGGUGAAUUGUCUUCUGGGUCUCGAUGAUGAUGUUGGGAAUUGUAAUGUAAAGAGUGUAGAUGGACAAUUGGAAGGAUCAUUUGGUGCGAAGAAUUUGAAAAUUAGUGCUCAUGAUGUUCAGUCGGUGCCGGAUUCUCCGAUGGUGGAAACGACGUCGUCGUUUGGGUCGACUUCUUCCACACCGUCAUUGACGAGUUUACCGCCGAUUAAGGUUAACGUGGAGGAGAAUCAAAGGAUUGGGAUUGAGGGACAGUUUUCACAGUUAGGGGUUGGAGGUAAAGUGGACCAGAAGCAGGAAGAAGGGGGAUUUAUGGGUUUGAGUUCACCACCUGCCCCAGCUGCUCCGGUGGUCGGAACUGUAUAUUCCGGUGUGCCGGUAGUUGUCGGUGGGGAUUACAGUAAUCGAAUUUUUUUUUCAGAUGAUGAGAGAUCAGAACAAGGGGUUACUGCUGGUUAUAGAAAUCCUGUCCAAACACCUCCCGCUCCUAGCAUGGUUGCUCCUGGUGCAGCUUACAACCAUCCUGGAAAUCCACCUGCCUCCAAACCUGAAAUGAUUGCUGGUGCAUAUAGAACUGCAGCUGCGGGAACUCCACAAUUGGUUCAGAUCACUUCAGGCCAGCAUCAACAGCAAUAUGUUGGCUACUCUCAGAUUCACCAUCCCUCUCAGCCAAUUGCCCCUACAUCACGUGCUACCGCCAAUUAUGCAUAUGAAUUUUCUGAUCCUUCACAUGCACAAAUAUACUAUUCUCAGGCUCAUGCUCCCCAGCUUGCUACUCAAUACCAAACCAUGAAAUCAUCUCCAGCUGUUGGUUUACAUAGUACUUCUUCGCAGCUUCCGACAGAAAAAAAAAUCAACCAACGAAUUAGUACUUCCCCAACCAUGAAAGAUUGUAAAGGUUCGGAAACAUCGAGGAAAAGGAAAAUAUUUGGAGAAGUAGCUUUCUUAACUUCAAUUCUUCGGUGGAGGUAG